AGCUUCGAUUUUACAUUACAACUGUAGUGCAUCUCUACCAAAGAAAAUUUCCUCACGGGAGGCACCGGCCCGGACACGACCUACAAAAUCUGAAGAAAAAGGGGAAGGAAUUCUUCCCGGAAACCUGAAUUUUGCCGCCGGCUGCUUCUAUUUCUCUCUUCUCGAUCUCAAGAUUCACGCUUUUAUAUGUUUCAGUCUUGAUCUAAUUCUUAUUUUCUGGUUAGACGCCAUUGGGAUACGUUCGUUGUAUUAGCGAAUUGGGAUUUAAUCGAUUUCUAGGGUUGGAUUCUUCAAUUGGGAUUUUUUUUUCUUCUCUUUGAUUUGAAUGUUUCUUUAGUUAGUUAUAUAUUGUUCUGAUUUUAGUAUGGGUGGAUAUGGAUUCGCUUGAUUCAGAUCCAAUGAAACAAGAUUGGUAAAUUCUUGUGCCAGAGCCAGCGAGAGGAUUUUUCAAGAGAAAUGGGCAUCUCUUGAAUUUCAUUGUCAAUUUGAGGGGUUGUAAUUCGUAUUUCAAUUAUUCUGGAAGAAGUUGGGUUCUGUUGAGUUUAGGUUUGAGUAUAGUAAUUGAGAAGCUAGAACCGACUGACUACUGGAGUCAUGUUCUAUGGUGCAGUGGUAUGGGACCCUUGGCUCAUUGUUGCCCAAAUUGUUUGCCUUCAAUGUUUCUAUUACCUCACUCUUGGUAUAUUCCUUGCAACUUUAGUCGGCACUCGCGUUUCUCGGAUCAGCCUUGUUUACUUCUUUGAUUAUGCUACAAUAACUGUUUCUACUGCCACUGGUUGGUGUGUGAUUGCUUCGUUCCUGUUAAGUGCAAUUGCUGGAGCAGGUUAUCUGGUUUAUUUGAUUGAAAGAGCAAAGAAGUGCUUAGAUUUUGCAGCCACACUCUAUAUAUUCCACCUUUUCAUUUGUAUCGUUUAUGGAGGGUGGCCUUCCUCAAUGACGUGGUGGGUUGUGAACGGAACUGGGCUUGUAGUCAUGUCUUUACUGGGUGAAUACCUGUGCAUCAAGCGGGAGCUUCGAGAAAUUCCUAUAACACGAUUGCGUUCAAAUGUCUGAGCUCAAAAUUCAAAUUGCAAGAACCACCUCUUCAUGCAUGAUUUUUUGGUGGCCUAUCUUAUUAAAUUUGUUUAGCUAGUGGAUAAAGCUGAUGAAAAGCCAGAUCAAAUGAGAAUCAAGGAAGCGGAACUAGUUAUGAUGAUUGACCGUAAAUAUCGAAAAUAACCUAGAUCAGUGCGCUGGAUUAUGAUCUAGUGUUUCGAAGCUUUACACAAGUACAGGAAGUUUUUGUAACUUUUUGGGGAAUGGGUCACUUCCAAUGGUGAAAACAGGCGAUGACUGAUGGCUAUAAGGCUUUGUUUGUUCCUUUUCUUGUUUUAAUGGUUAAAGGAUAUAUAUUGUUAGUUGCUUUUAUUCAUUUAAUUCCUUCAUACAGAUGAGUUUACAGCUUA